UACUGAUGUUUCCCAAACUCCAAAACAAGUAACGGGACCUGGCGGUGCCGGUGUUAGAGCUGUUUGGACGAAACUUUGAAGUAUUGGCCUUAUUGUCUCGACUGGAUGUGAUUUAUCAGCUGAACCACUUGGGAAGGAGCGGUGAAGUCCUGUCUGUGGAGUGCGGCUUGUGUUUUCCCGUGCGUCAUGGUUUCCAAGCGCAGGCCGCCGCCGACUGACAGAGGAACACUUCUGGACCGUUAUUGUGCGUGAAAGUGGUCGGAGUUGAAUGGAGACGGAGCUGAGGCUGCAAAUCCAAAUGAGGACAUGAAUUUUGGCGUUUCUGCGAACUCUCUGCUGCUUUUCCGCGCCUGCGAUGAGGGAGAUUACGAGACGGCCCGGGGGAUCCUGGAGCCCGGAGCCCCGAAGGAGUCCGGGCGCCAGAGCAGACUGCGCUCCGAAGCGGGGUCGGAGUGCGGAGCCGCCGCGGACAUGUUGUCCCUGGUGCCGGUGGACUGCACGGACGAGGAGGGGAACACCGCCCUGCAGUUCGCCUCGGCCAGCGGACACGAGAACCUGGUCCGGUUCCUGCUGCGGAAGGGGGCCUCGGUUGACAGCCGCAACAACUACGGAUGGACCCCCCUGAUGCAGGCAGCGAGAUUUGGUCACUUAACGGUGGCUCACAUGCUUUUGGAGAACGGGGCAGAGAUCAACGGAAGGAACCGCCUCGGAGCCAGUGUCCUCACCAUGGCAGCCCGUGGAGGACACAUCCAUGUGGUCAAGCUUCUCCUGGAGAGCGGGGCCUACGUCGACGACUACGAUCAUUUGGCCGUUGCUGGAGACGUGGUUUCCAACGGCAACAACAACAACAGCUGCAGCACGGCUGGUUUUGGAGGCGGUGAAGGCUGCGCAGGAGGUGGAGGCAGCAGAGAAUUCAUGGACAUCACAGCCUUGAUGGUGGCAUCUCAACAUGGUCAUGAGGCUGUGGUGCGUCUGCUGCUAGAAUGGGGCUCCGAUGUCAACUUCUCCCAGAAGAUCACUGGCUGGGGGCCGCUGAUGGCAGCCACAUUAAGCGGAAAGGUGGUCGUGGCUCAGCAGCUGGUGGAGCGUGGAGCUGAUCCAGACAGAGUCAAUGUCCUGUCCAAGACGGCCUUUGAACUCGCCAUGCAGCUGAAGCAGAGGGACGUGAAGGCAUAUCUGGACUCCAUUACCACUGUCCGACCUCAGACAGAUGAUGAAAGAAGACGACCAGAUGUGUUCAGUGCCCUCAAGCUCGGAAAUUCCCAGCUUGUGAAGGAGAUCUUAGAGGAGGAUCCGACGCAGGUAAAUUCAUCCAAUCAGGAGGGAGCGUCACCACUAAUGAUGGCCGCUGUGAGUGGUCAGUUAGAAGUGGUGCAGCUGAUGGUGGAGAAGAAUGCCGACAUAGACAAACAGGAUGGAGUCCAUGGGUGGACGGCGUUGAUGCAGGCCACGUAUCACGGGAAUAAAGACAUCGUUAAGUACCUUUUGGGUCAAGGCGCAGAUGUCAACCUUCGAGCUAAGAAUGGAUACACAGCCUUUGAUUUGGUUAUGCUACUGAACGACCCAGACACUGAGCUGGUGCGUCUCUUGGCAUCUGUGUGUAUGCAAGUGGAUAAGGAGAAGGCCAAACUCCGUGGAAAAGGCUCGAUGGCUCGCUCUAAAAGUAGACACUCCCUAAAUAAUGUCCCUGUGCCGCCUGAUGACAAGGGAGGCCUUAAGUCCUGGUGGAGCAGGAUGUCAAAUCGUUUCCGGAGGCUGAAGCUGACUCAUACCCUGAGGCACGGCCUUUCGUCCAACCGCCUGGCUCCGUUCCCCGACGAUGCCGAAACGUCACUGGAUGCCACGAUGAAGGCGAAUAGGAAUCCUGUGGUUGAAUCCAACGGGGCCCCGGCGCCGAGUCCUGCUGUGGGAGGGAAUGACAUCAGCACGGCCUGGGCGGUCAAGAGCAAAGAUACCGGUCUCUGCCGAACUUCUUCAGAAAAGGAGGACUCUUUAAUAACAACAAUGCUCAGAAGUGGUGCACCUUCGACUCGGCUGCCUAACGACAAACUGAAAGCGGUGAUCCCUCCUUUUUUGCCUCCGUCCAACUUUGAGCCCUGGAACUCGGACCGCUCACGUCUCCUAAAAGACGGAAAGACAGAAGCCCCCCGCCUGCCGAUGCCUCCCCAGAGGAAGCUGAACAGCAGUGGAAACUCUGACAUUACGUCUAUCAGUCGUGUGGUCAACAGGUCCAUUAAGUUUCCCAGCAUCCCCAAGGGGCCCUCCUCCUCCUCGCCCUCUAACUCAGGGCACUACCAUUCCCCCCACUCCUCUGGAGGCUCCAAUGGGGUCGCAGGACUAAACCGGGACUCCCACAACCGCUCAGGGGGCAGUGCAGACAGCGUUCUCUCCCAGAUAGCAGCUCAAAGGAAGCGAGCAGCAGGUUUAAUAGAUGUUAAGUCUCAACCUCCAGAGAAACAUGCCAGUCAGACUCAGAUCCAACCCCCGCCCCCAGCUUCAGGGCCCGGUCUGCCUUUGCCGGACAUCAGCCUCCCUGACAUCCACUCCCAUCCGAGCCUGGUGGCCUCAGAUGUCCACUCCAGAAGGAAGAUGGAUCUAAAGAAAAGACCUCAGUCUGGGAAUUCAUCCACCUCCAAGAGCACAUCACCCACUCUCACCCCAUCUCCGUCCCCGACGCCCAAGCCUCCUGCCGGGCCGGGGGACUCGCUGUCGUCAGCCUCUUCACAUCCUCGAUCCAAGAGCAGUGGCGGAUCCAGCAGCGGAACCAUUACGGACGAAGAUGAACUCUCUAGUAUCUUGAAGAAGCUGUCCCUGGAGAAAUACCAGCCCAUUUUUGAAGAACAAGAGGUGGACAUGGAGGCGUUCCUGACUUUAACAGAUGGAGACCUGAAGGAGCUGGGCAUUAAAACAGACGGACCCAGGCAGCAGAUCUUGGCUGCCAUAUCAGAGCUCAACGCUGGGAAGGGCAGAGAAAGGCAGAUCCUUCAAGAGACCAUCCACAACUUCCAGUCAUCGUUUGGUAGCAGCGCCAGCAAUCCGAGACAAGCAGGACAACCACGAUCUCCGACUAGUUGGAUGAGACACCAGGUUCGUUCAUCCAAUAAGAGGUAACAUGACCAUGAAGCCCACCUGACAGGAUGCACACCAAAGGUACUUCUAUAUAAGAAAGCUGCUGGCGGAGCCGAGCCAAGACACAGAUUGAAAUAAUUGGAGUCUCCUGGACACCAGUGUCCCAGACCAGUAGAGGUAUGCAAGAGGACACUGCAGCGAAAAGACCAUCUGGGCCCUGAAUGCUCCGUUCUUCUUAUGGAUCCUAAAGCUGAGGGGGUACAACAACAGGGUCGGUCCAGUGUCUCUCUGCAGGAGAUGUGCGGCAAAUUGUUUCCUUGCCACAUUUACUGUUUCUGCAGCACAUGGGUUAAGAGGAAACGUUAGCGAGCAGAGACAAGAGAGAUGUUUUACUUUAACUGAACUAAUGUGAGAUACAGCAUAUGCAUUGUACGAGUGGCUACUUGAAGGUACAGUAUGUAACAUGUGGAAAAAACGUCCAUCCAUCCAUCCAUCCAUAGUUCCUUCAGGGGACUCCAAGACGUUCCCAUGCAAGUCAACCCAUAUAGUCCCUCCAGCAUGUCCUUGGUCUGUCCCCCCCUGGUUGGAGAUCCCCAAAACACCCCUGUAGGGACACAUCCAGGAGGCAUCUUGUGUAGAUGAAGCUCCUCAGGGCAUUCCUGUCAAUGUGGAGGAAUAGCGGCUCUACUGUCAGCCCAACCGCCCGGUGGAGGAAACUCAAUUCUGCAGCUUGUAUUAAUAGUAAACUAGAAAAGCACUCAGAGAGCACAGACCUCCACCAAGGCAGAUCAGCCCCCCCAUGACCGCCAAAUUUAAUCAUUUGUUCCUUGUGCCAGUAUCAACAUUUCCUAAAAAUUUCAUCCAAAUCUGUCCACAAUUUUUUGAGUUAUCUUGCUAACGGACAGACGAAGAAAGAAAAAAUCCACCACCCCUCCGUCCCCCCUGCCCUGAUCACCGCCAAAAAAAGACAGACAACAAGAAAAGCACUCGGAGAGCGCAGACCUCCACCAAGGCAGAUCAGUGGGCCCCCAUGGCCCACCCUUGAUCACC